UUGUAAACCGUCCCGUCCACGAGGAGCGUGCUAGUUUUCCCUGUCGCAUGAGAAGCACCGCGUGAAAUAAAGCGGGGAAAGGGGGAGCCAGCAAAGAAAACCGGUGCGUGCACGAGAGAGAAAGAGAGAGAUAGAGAGAUAGAGAGAGAGAGAAUAGUAUCAGGGAAAGAGGAAAAACUUAGCAGAAAGAAAUAUGGCCGUGUCGGCAACUCCGCCGGUGCUUUCCCCGAGCUCGACACCGGGUGCGGGCGCUUUAUUUCGGCCCGACCCGCUGUAUUCCAGCCCAACUGAGUCUCCGCGGCUCACCGGCAACAUGAUCAGUGCCUUCCUCAGCAGCGGAGGAGGCGGCCAUACGAGCAACAACGGCCCUGUCGGAACCACCAGUAAUAGCAGCAAUAACGAGUGCAAAAUGGUCGACGUGCACGGGGUCAAAGUGGCCUCUUUCACCGUAGACGGGCAGGAGCUGAUCUGUCUACCACAGGUGUUCGACCUGUUCCUGAAGCACCUUGUCGGUGGCCUCCACACCGUCUACACGAAACUCAAACGACUGGACAUCUCGCCCGUGGUGUGCACAGUGGAACAGGUGCGCGUGCUGCGCGGCCUCGGAGCAAUCCAGCCUGGCGUGAACCGCUGCAAGCUCAUAAGCCGUAAGGACUUCGAGGCACUCUACAACGACUGCACGAACGCCAGCUCUCGUCCUGGCCGUCCUCCCAAACGUUCUCUGGGGAUGUCCAUGCAGGAUGGCUCCAGGCUUCUCCCACACAGUGUCCAUGGCCUUCUGUCCCCAAGCUUGCUCUCCCCUACAGGUCUUACAGCAGCGGCUAUGGCAGAGGCAAUGAAGCUGCAGAAGAUGAACCUGAUGGCCAUGAACAGCCUCCAUGGAGCAAGCAGUCAGAAUGGCACAGAGUCUGAAAAUGAAGAGCUCAACUCCAACGCAGGGGGCAGUGAGUCAUCCUGGGAUAAAGAAAAGCUGCAGUCACCCCCCUCCUCUGGAGCACAGCAUGGUUUGGCCCACGCCAGCCUCUCUGGUUCACACCUCACCUCACUGCAGCAGAGCCCCCUCCUGGCCAACCGUCUAGAUCUGCCUUUUAUGAUGAUGCCCCACCCCCUGUUGCCUGUCAGUCUGCCCCCUGCCUCUGUUGCCAUGGCAAUGAACCAGAUGAACCACCUCAACACCAUCGCCAACAUGGCUGCUGCUGCACAGAUGCACAGCCCCUUGUCCAGAGCUGGAGCAUCCGUCAUCAAGGAGUGUGUACAGGAAAGUCCAUCUCCAGCUCCAUCUCUGGAGGAAACCCCUCGUCCAGGCUCACAGCCCUCUUCCCACGCCAGCAGCAGUGUGUCCAGCUCUCCACAUCCACAUUCACAGAGCCCUGAGCACCUGGUGCUGAAUCCAGCUGAUGGUGAGCUUGCAGACAGAGAGACUGGCAUUAACAUGAAGAAAAUCAUCAAAGAGAAAGAUGAAGCUCAGAUAGCUUUGCCCCUACUGAAGUCAGGUUUUGAGAAGCUUCCUCUGGGUGCACAGACUCUUCCUCCAGGCUUUCCCACGCCAUUCCUCUUUACUGAGGGCCUCUCCUCUGUUGAAACAUUGCUCACCAACAUCCAGGGCCUGUUAAAGGUGGCAGUGGACAAUGCACGUGUACAGGAGAAACAGGUGCAACAGGAGAGGAAAGAGCUCAAGCUGGAGCUGUACAGAGAACGAGAAAUGAGAGAGAGCCUGGAGAGGCAGCUUACUACUGAGCUUCACAGCCGAGCAACCAUCCAGAAGCGUCUGAAGAAGGAGAAGAAGGUGAAGAGAAAACUGCAGGAAGCUCUGGAUUUCGAGUCAAAGAGGAGAGAACAGGUGGAACAGGCCCUCAAACAAGCCACCUCUCCUGAGGGCCUCUGCAUGAGUCUCAAUGAAGCAGUGAUACCAGAAGUGGAACCUGAGCAUAAUGGCAAUCAGCAGGACUCAGCCAUGCAAGAGAAUAGACCCUACUCCAAACCUCCCAUUAUGUACUGAGAUGGAUGUGCAGCUCCUCUUCAUGUACCUCCCCACCAGUAGAUGGCUUCCUCACUCCACUUCUGGACUUUUUGACACUGACGUUGGAGUUUUCAUAGAGGCAAGUGCUGAGGUUGAUGACCACUGAUCACCCAAACUUGUGUACUGGACUCAAAGUGUGUGUAAUGGGGUCCAGUGCAAAUGUGCAACCUAAGGACUGCUGCUUGUUGGCCUCCCAAUGCAUCACAACAAUUUGUAAAAAAAAAAAAAACAAAAACGAAAGAAAGAAAGAAAGAAAGAAAGAAAAGAAAAAACAAACAAAAAAAACUUUCUCUCUGUUUUUCAAGAACUUCUAUGUAUUACCCAAUUUGGAACUUUUCUCCUGGACUAAGGUAUACUUUGCAGUCAAUUGUUCAUGUCCUCGUGAAGCACACAUCAGUGUCCUCCUCUGUGGUUACUGUUCUCUGGACACAUUACCCAUUGGUAUUGCUUUUAGUUAACCCAAUGUACAGCAGUGAUUCUGGACAGCUAAAGCAACUAAGCAAACGAUCAUCGAUAACAUACCAAUUCCAUUCAAAACCAGCAAAUUAUUCUUAUGAACUUCUGAAUAUUUGUUGCUUCUUUUUUGCCUCCCUUUUUAAAAACAUAUGGUAUUCUUGUUUUGGAAAUGUAGAAACAUCACCUUUUCCUCCUUAAAGUGUUUAUCAUAAUGUUUAUUUUGUUUGAUUUGAUUGUUGUUUAAUCAGCAUUUCAAACAGAUAUUGGAGAAGUGAUGUGGAAACAUUUUUGUACUUUGCCCCUCUGACAAUAGUCUCUAUAUUGCUCCUGGAUGAGAUAAAAAAGUUAAAUUAGGAGGUAAAAAACUGCUAUACAAGUACAGUAUUACUGUAAUUCCCCUUCUGUUUUUACCUUUGUUUAUAAAUACUUGUAAAAUGCUUUAGCAUUUGCUUUUCCUUUGUCAUUAUUAAGUGAAAACAUUUUUAGUGUUGAAAGAACGAAACAGAUGUAAAAAAAUAAAUAAAGUACACUUAUGCACAUCUGAUGCAAGCAUGCUUGUAGAUACAACACUGAUGACAUUGAUGACAAAUUACACUGUUUGUUGAAAAGCUGCCUCUUCUAAUCUAUUUUCUGGAGAAGCUUAGAUCUUGGUUAUACCGGCAGCUACUGAUGAUGUUACAAAAUGAUGACAACCACAAAUCACAGCCUUGCCCAUAACAUGACAAAUAAAACAUCCCUAUGGACGUCAUCUUCAUAGAUUAUGGGUUUUGUUUUUUGCAGUAAUAAAUUUGAAUUUGGAGACUUUCCUUUUACUGCAGUCCUUU